AUGCUGGGUCACACACUCGCUCACUGUGUUCUCUUGGCUACUGGCGCAGCCGCGCAGCUCCAAAGCUUCGCCCUGGAUAUGGGCAGUGUUGACGGCGUCUCGACCUCCGUCCUGCCAGCACCACUACUCACCACAACCAGUGAAGCUCUCAACUCGAUCGCAACGGCCUCCUCGACCUGGUUGAUCUCAACUAUCCCCGCACCCGACUCUACGGUAGCAACAAACUCGAGCACCACCUCGACCUUCGAUCGCACAAACACCACUUGCCUCCCGACCACAGUCAUCGUCAUCACCCUGUCGAACCCGACACCAACACCAACACCUGUCGUGGAGGCUUGGCGCAACGAAGAAGCUCCGAACGACCACAGGCAGGAAGGGGCGGGGUCGCCCUUCGACACAGCCGGCUCCGAGUCCAUCACCAAGUGGCCUAACUGGUUCACCGCAGCCACGUUCGCGCUCGUGUUCUACGAUAUCCUCGCACUGGGCGUCUUCCUCUGGCUGUGGGUGUUUGGGUACCUGUGGUGGUUUCGCUGGAGCGCAAGGGCGCGGGGUGACGCAAGGGCGUGGAGGAGAGGUCCCGGACAUGUGGAGAUGGCAAGGAUGGAGGUCGGACGGCAUACGGUCGGGCGAGAUGAGAAUACGACGGAGUGGGGCGAGGGAUGCGAGGCGCGCGAGGCAGGCGGAGUUGGAGAGUGA